CAUGUAUGUACAAAAAUGCUACAUAUGCCUAAAUUGGCACUUUCCCAUUCAAAUUCAGUAUAUAAGCAAUCAAUAUCUUUCAUCUCCUACAACCCAAAACCUAAUAGACAACGAAACCUCGUCGGACGUUUGCCCUUACCGACAAUGUUCUACUACCCUCUCUUCCUCGUAUGGUUCUUCACUGCCCUUGUUGUCCACUACCUCAUCAAGACAUUCUUGAAACCUCCUAACCAAAUCUACGCACUGCCCAGCCCUCCAGCUCUACCUCUCAUCGGCCACCUCCAUCUCAUCGGCUCCGUCUUACCCAAGUCUUUCCAAGACCUAGCUCGCCGGUAUGGUCCUCUAAUGAAGAUCCGUCUAGGAGCAUCAACAUGUGUUGUUGUCUCCAAUGCUGAUGUAGCUAAAGAAAUCUUCAAAACCCAAGAACUGAACUUCUCUUCUCGACCUGAAUUUGGCUCCUCUGAAUAUUUCAUAUACAGAGGAUCGAGAUUUGUCACUGCUCAAUAUGGUGAUUACUGGAGGUUCAUGAAGAAGCUUUGCAUGACAAGGCUUCUUGCUGUUCCUCAACUCGAUAAGUUCACUGAUAUACGCGAUCAAGAAAAAGUAAAGCUGGUGGAAUCGGUGAUGGGUUGUGCUAGAGAAGGGAGACCCUGCGAUUUAAGUAGCGAGUUCACCACUUUAACAAAUAACACCAUUUGCAGGAUGGCAAUGAGCACGAGAUGCUCAGGGACUGAUAAUGAUGCAAAGGAGAUUAAGGAAUUGGUUAAGACUUGUUUGCAGCUUGCAGGGAAGCUUAGUGUAGGAGAUAUUUUAGGUCCUCUGAAGAUUUUUGAUUUCUCUUCGACAGGGAAGAAGCUAGUUGGUGCUUUGAAGAAGUAUGAUCGGUUGGUUGAGAGGAUAAUAAAGGAACAUGAAGAGAAGGCCAUGGAAGGUGCUGUUGGCGAAAGGAAGGAUUUGAUGGACAUUUUAUUGGAGAUAUACAAUGAUCCUACUGCUGAAAUUAGGUUAUCCAAAAAUGACAUCAAGUCUUUCUUGCUUGACAUAUUCUUUGCCGGCACAGACACGUCAUCGGCGGCCAUGCAAUGGGCCAUGGGAGAGCUCAUCAACUGUCCAAGAGCAUUCAACAAGCUAAGAGAAGAGAUCAACACAGUCGUAGGACAAAAAAGAUUAAUCAAAGAAUCAGACGUCCAAAAUCUCCCCUAUCUUCGAGCAGUCAUAAGAGAAACCCUAAGGCUUCACCCAUCAGCACCAUUAAUCAUCAGAGAAUGUGCAGAAGACUGCAAAGUAAACGAUUCCACAAUCAAAGCCAAAACUAGGGUUCUUGUAAAUGUGUACGCAGUGAUGAGAGACCCAGAAAUGUGGACAAACCCAGAUGAGUUCAUGCCUGAAAGAUUCAUGGAGAGCUCUGAGGAGAAAAUUGGAGAGCAUCAAAUGGAAUAUAAAGGACAGAAUUUUCGUUAUCUUCCAUUUGGGAGUGGAAGAAGAGGAUGCCCUGGAGCUUCACUGGCUAUGUUGGUGAUGCAUGCAGCAGUUGGAGCUCUAGUUCAGUGCUUUGAUUGGGAAGUUGAGGAUGGUGACAAGGUUGAUUUGAGCCCUGGGUCUGGUUUUGCAGCUGAAAUGGCUCGUCCACUUGUGUGUUUCCCUGUUAAACAUAUGAAUCCUUUUUAAUUAGUUGAAGAAGUCAAUUUCAUGCAAUUUCCAGUAAUAAGCAAAGGCUGAUUAACUGGCCAGUAGUUCUUAAAAGUGUGUUGUUUAGAUGCUUUUAUGUUUAUGUUGCUGUUAAUAUAAUAGAAUUUGAGAAUUCAGACAA